GCUGCAGUCCCCGCCGCCGCCACAUUCAACAGGCAGCAGCACCGCUGUCGCGCGGCCGCGGAGAGAGAGAGAGAGAGCGAGAGAGGAGAGAGAGAGAGAGGAGAGCGCGGCCCGCGGCGUCCGCCCGUCUGCCCUUGCGUCCGCGGCGGCCCUGUCAACAGGAGCUGCCGGGCCCCGCGGCCUGCUCCGUGCCCCGUCCACGCCACGAACUCGGAGGAUCCUGGAACACCGGUGGCCCGGAGAAGUUAAGUUCGGGGCGCGCCCGUGCGCCGCGCCGCGCCGCGCCUCGCUCCGGCGUGCGCCCAGUUCUCCGCGGCCGCCCCGACCCUCGGAGCGACUCCCCGGGUCGCCAGCUCCGCGCCCCCGGUGGCCGCGACUCCCGGUACUGUCCGCCGGUGGGGGAGGGGCGGGGGGUCACCAUGGCCGAGGCGCCCCAGGCGGUGGAGACAGACCCGGACUUCGAGCCGCUGCCCCGGCAGCGCUCGUGCACCUGGCCGCUGCCCAGGCCGGAGUUUAACCAGUCCAACUCGACCACCUCCAGCCCGGCGCCGUCGGGCGGCGCGGUCGCCAACCCCGACGCCGCGGCGAGCCUGGCCCCGGCGUCCGCUGUGAGCGCCGACUUCAUGAGCAAUCUGAGCCUGCUGGAGGAGGGCGAGGACUUCGCGCGGGCGCCGGGCUGCGUGGCCGCGGCGGUCGUGGCCGGCCGGGGCCUGUGCGGGGACUUCCAGGGCCCCGAGGCGGGCUGCGUGCACCCGGCGCCUCCGCAGCCCCCGCCGAGCGGGCCGCUAUCGCAGCCCCCGCCCGUGCCCCCCGCCGCCGCCGCCGCCGCCGGCGCGGGGCCGCUCGCGGGACAGCCGCGCAAGAGCAGCUCGUCGCGCCGCAACGCGUGGGGCAACCUGUCGUACGCCGACCUCAUCACCAAGGCCAUCGAGAGCUCGGCCGAGAAGAGGCUCACCCUGUCGCAGAUCUACGAUUGGAUGGUGAAGAGCGUGCCCUACUUCAAGGAUAAGGGCGACAGCAACAGCUCGGCCGGCUGGAAGAACUCAAUCCGCCAUAAUCUGUCCCUGCAUAGCAAGUUUAUUCGAGUACAGAAUGAAGGAACUGGAAAAAGUUCUUGGUGGAUGCUCAAUCCAGAGGGAGGCAAGAGUGGGAAAUCCCCUCGGAGAAGAGCUGCAUCCAUGGACAACAACAGUAAAUUUGCUAAGAGCCGAGGACGAGCUGCCAAGAAAAAAGCAUCUCUCCAGUCUGGGCAAGAGGGUCCUGGGGACAGCCCUGGGUCUCAGUUUUCAAAGUGGCCUGCAAGCCCUGGGUCCCACAGCAACGAUGACUUUGAUAACUGGAGUACCUUUCGUCCUCGAACCAGCUCAAAUGCUAGUACCAUCAGUGGGAGACUUUCUCCCAUCAUGACAGAACAGGAUGACCUGGGGGAUGGGGAUGUGCACUCUCUGGUAUAUCCUCCUUCUGCUACCAAGAUGGCUUCCACCCUGCCCAGUCUGUCUGAAAUCAGCAAUCCGGAAAACAUGGAAAACCUUUUGGAUAAUCUCAAUCUUCUCUCAUCCCCAACAUCUUUAACUGUAUCAACCCAGUCCUCGCCUGGAAGCAUGAUGCAACAGACACCCUGUUACUCGUUUGCACCUCCAAACACCAGUCUGAAUUCACCCAGCCCAAACUAUUCAAAGUACACAUAUGGCCAAUCCAGCAUGAGCCCUUUGCCCCAGAUGCCUAUGCAGACACUUCAGGAUGGCAAAUCGAGUUAUGGAGGAUUGAACCAGUAUAACUGUGCCCCAGGACUCUUGAAAGAGUUGCUGACUUCUGACUCUCCCCCCCACAAUGACAUUAUGUCACCAGUUGAUCCUGGAGUGGCCCAAACCAACAGUCGGGUCCUGGGCCAGAAUGUAAUGAUGGGCCCUAAUUCAGUCAUGCCAGCCUAUGGCAGCCAGGCAUCUCAUAACAAAAUGAUGAACCCCAGUUCCCAUGCCCACCCUGGACAUGCACAACAAACGUCUUCAGUCAAUGGACGGGCCCUGCCCCAUGUGGUGAACACCAUGCCUCACACAUCUGCCAUGACCCGCUUGACCCCAGUGAAGACUCCUUUACAAGUGCCUCUGCCCCACCCCAUGCAGAUGAGUGCCCUGGGCAGCUACUCCUCUGUGAGCAGCUGCAAUGGCUAUGGUAGGAUGGGUGUCCUCCACCAGGAGAAGCUCCCGAGUGACUUAGACGGCAUGCUCAUUGAGCGCCUGGACUGUGACAUGGAAUCCAUCAUCCGGAAUGACCUAAUGGAUGGAGAUACCUUGGAUUUUAACUUUGAUAAUGUGUUGCCCAACCAAAGCUUUCCACACAGUGUCAAGACUACGACACAUAGCUGGGUGUCAGGCUAGGAGUUAGUGAGCAGGCUACAUUUAAAAGUACUUCAGACUGUCUGACAACAGGAACUGAGAAGCAGUCCAAAGAUGCCCUUCACCCCUCCUUUUAGUUUUCUUGAUUAAAAAAAAAAAAUCCUUCCUUUUCUCCUUUCGUCAGACUUGGCAGCAGAAGCACUUUCCUGCACAGGAUGUUUGCCCAGCGCUCACAGGUUCUGUGCUCCUGUAGAUAAGGACCGCUGUGCCAUUGGGAGUCAUUGCAAUGAAGUGCCAAACUCACCGCACCAUCUAACUGCAGAAAAGACUUUCAGAUCCUGGUGUGCUUUCAAGUUUUGUAUAUAUACAGUAGAUACAGAAUUGUACUUGUGUGUGUGUUUUUAAUAUCUACUUGGUCCAAGGAAAGUUUAUACUCUUUUGUAAUACUGUGAUGGUCUCAUGUCUUGAUAAACUUUACUUUGUACUACCUGUGUUCUGCUAAAGUGAUGAAUCAUGAGCUAAGAUCUCCAUUCUGCACUCCUGCUGAAUGACUUUGAAUCUUCUCAUCUUGCCACAGGAUUUGUAUGAAAACCAAGUAGCCUGUGAUCAAUCUGCUGAAAUAAUGGACUCAUCAAACUUUGGGGCAGAGUAAGAUUAAGUGCCAGCUUUGUACAGGUCUUUUCUAUUAUUUUUGUUGUUGUUUAUUUUGUUAUUUGCAGAUUUGUACAAACACCUUAAAAUGGUUCUAAUUUCUGGAUAAAUGACUUUUGAUGUUAAUGUUAGGACUCGAUCAUUUUUGGAAUAGAUACUGAACUGUAAUGUUUUCUUAAAACUAGAGUCUACUUUGUUACAUUGUCUGCUUGUAAAUUUGUGGAAUCUGAGGUAUUUGGGGGCAGCAUUCAUAAUGGUCAUUUUGUAUUUCUAACUGGAUUAGUACUAAUUUUAUACGUGCUUACCUGGUUUGUACACUUUGGGAUGCUACCUGAUGAUGUUUCUGACUAAUCUUAAAUCAUUGUAAUUAAAUUAGUACUUGCAUACUCAACAUUUCUGGCCGUUAGGCAGGAAACUGAUGUAUAGUUACAGACACUUUGUGUUUUGUAUGUAGAUUUAAUAUGUUUUUAUGUGUGUAUUUUAAAGAAAUUUCACCUGCUUCUAUUACCCUGUGAUUUGUGUGUCGUGCAUAGCAUCAAGUCUUCAUAUAGAUUUCCCCGUGUUGAGUUCUUACAGCUCCUCUGGGGAGACCCCUCCAGACAGAUGCCCUGUGUCACAUUGCCACAGUUUCUAUGGGGAGGCCCAGCCAAAUGAUGCCCAAUGCCAUGUUGUCACAGUUCCCAUAGCUCAGGAAAGGAGAACUUCAUCUAAAAUGUUUGUCUAACUGGGGUUUUCCUUAUAUUUUGAGCUCUUAUUUUGUCCAGGAUGAAGAUGGUUUUAUGGCUGUGUCCUGAAGAAUCUUGUCACUUUCCAGUCUCAUCAUCUGUCUCUUUGGCUCUGAACAGUGUAAAUCUAAGGAGGAAGUUUACAGAUAGGACUUAAGUGAUUUAUGGAGUGCUUUGUAUGUACAGAUAGUGGCUACCACAUAGAACCAAAUAGAACUAGUUCAAAAUUGGGACAGUAAACUUGAAAAACAACCAAGUAUAAGUGUACAUUUGUUUUGAAAUCCUUAGCUUGAAAUUUGAGAGUUUUUUUAGUCCUGAGCAGCCUAACCUGUAUCCCAAACAUUGUUUUUAUACUUUCUUGUUACCUGAAACGGACAGACCGGGAUAAUUGGUUUUGCCUCCCAUUCCGUCCAUCCGCAUUUCUGACUCCUGUUGAGUGUCUGGAGCCACCACAGUUGGAAGAAUAGGAGUACAACAGCGUCAUCUUUGGUUUGCCCUCUUGAGAAGGCCUGGUUUUCAUGUACAAGCCCAAAUUGCACUUGCUGGUUUUAGUAAGUUUCUCAUCUCUCCCGUUGUAGUGUGUGUGUGUGUGUGUACACGUACGUACGUACGUACGCACGCACGCGCGUGUUAACAAGAAUAAAACGUACCUGAUUUUCACAGUUGGCCAGCUUUGUCACAAGCUUCCUACUGUGACUUUCCCUAUUUCAAACAUGUAUGGAGCCACUGCCCCCAUGAUCAUCCCUUGUUUGGGCACUCCAAAACAGGCCUUAGUUUACAACUAAGUUCCUCCAAGCAGAGCCUCCUACAAAUGGAGUAAAACUUACUGCUGUCAAAGAACUGUGCUCUCUCUUCUUUCAUAAACCAUUUCUUCACCAUUGCAGAAAAGCCCCCUAAUCAUUCAACACAGAGGCAGCUACAGCUAUAAUUGGUGGUAGGUAGACUUGCAGAACAUCACUGAGGGACCUGAGGUGUGUCUUCCUUCUGUAAAUCUCAACAGCAACCCCCAUUUUUCUUAGCGUUAAGAUCAUAACGUGAAUCAUGGCUAGUUGCCUGGGGCACAGUGAAGUCCAGGAAACGCUUCUUGUCUGUUUUGAAAGUAAACAUCUUAUGGCCCCCGGGAGUUCUUUUUUGUGAAAAUGUUCAGUUUCUGGAGUAUCUGGUAUAUUAUUGUACAUGAUUGCUUUGUGAGAAGACUUCACCUAUGCAGCCUUGUUUGAUUUAUUUCUUCUGGUUUGUACUGUUAUUAAAAGUGCAUUGUAUUAUAGAGCUAUUCGGAUAUUUUAAAUAUAAAGAUGUAUUUGUUUCCAUAAUAUAGAUGUAUGGAAUAUAUUUAGGUGAUAUAUGACUUGGGAAGUUCUGCUUGGACAAACUGACUGAAUCUAAGUUAAUUAGCAAAUACCACAUCCUGGUGAGCAGUAAAUCCUGGAACAUAACAAUAAGAGGAUAAAGACACUUAAAAUGCAAAAGUUUUCCCAAAGGCAUACAAUUUGAACUUGUUCAACCACUGAAUAUGACGCUCCUUCCUCUCUGCCCCUCCCCCCAACUUCGAAGUUCUUAGUUUCAGCUCUUAAAAGUUACUGAUUUUAAGUGAAAUGUUUCUCUGUGGUUUCAACUGGGGAGUGAUCAUUCAGCAUAAUGUGCAUUGUGGUUUAUGCAAACAAAACAGCCUGGCAUUGUGGCCAGUGAUAGCCUUGUAAGUCCCAUCAGGAUGGAGACACGCCCUCCCACAUACUCUACCACCUGAGUUGAGUAACAGUGCAAAUUUCAUGCUCCUGUUCCAAUACUGAGAAGUGCCUGAUGAUGAUGUUGUACUUACAGAUACAAGAACAACCUUUACUAUAAUUGUAUAAAGCCAUAAAUGUACAUAAAUUACCUUUAA